AUGAAGAGUUUGAAAGAAAUAUGUGAACUAGCGGUAUUGCAAAAUUCAAGGAUGUUGGAUGAUAUUAACAAUGUUCCUAUGUAUCUUAUUUUACCACUUUUGUCAAAAAUAAGGAAUAUGAAAGUGGAACAAGUGGUUAAGUUGGAAAGGAGUAAUUUUGGUUUAAUUUUUGAAAGUGAUUUCAUUUGGUUACAUUUACUCAGAGUGGAAUUUCCUAAUAAUAUUGAUCACGGAUUCAUCUCUAAUAAUGACAUAAUAAGCAAUUAUUAUACAAAGUUCUUCCAGACAGACUAUCUAUAUGAUCUAAACGAGUUUGAAAAAGAGUACAUUGAAAGGUGUAUUAUCGAAAAAUUGAAGAAGAAUCCCCAAAAGAAUAAGUACGAAUUACCGCCAAGGAUGUUGUACUUCAAAUAUGAAAAUGAUACGAGGAAACGGGAGGAAAGAAGUGCUGAGAGGCUACGAAUGAAUGUGCAGGAAAUUGCUAAAGAACGGGAGAAGAAGCAAACGGUUAUCGUUGAUGCACCAUUUCUGUUGACGAACAAGAAGAGAGGCAUGGGAAUAUGGGGGAAUAAUAGAAAGAGACUCUCUUCAUAUUUCCAUAACAAGCAAAACAUCAAGAGACAAGUAUCAAGGGUAGCAUUUGGUGGUUCUGCAGGCAGACCCAUCAAAGAACCACCAAAAUCUGAGUCCACACAACUACCAGCACCACUACCACCACCAGUUGAAAUAAUACGAACCCCACCGGACCAUUUGCAUACAACUAAGCCUGUCAGACCCAUACUAAAACGCAAGAGACCUUCCAACUCGAACAACAUCUUCUUGAAUACUUCGACCAUAACCACUGUAAGCCCUACAAAACGCAAACCCUCUUUAUCCCCCAGCCCUAAAGCCCAACCGACCCAACCCUCAUCUCGGCACAACGAACCCUCCCAGAACUGCCAUAAACGGAAAUCCCUGGAAUCGUACCUAAAAGAGAAACAAUUCCCUAAAACAGGAGACCCUGCAUGA